GAACAACACUGCGUCCACGUGGUCCUCGACUUGUGUCUGUCAACGAAUAUUCAAUCUUCUUUUUUUUGAGCGUUUUGCGAAAUCGCCGAUCGAAUCAAAAACUGUAGCUAUCAGCAAGCUGUUAUUUUUAAGAUUAUAAAUAAUAAAUAGAAAUAUUAUUUAAAUCCAAAUACGAUGUCGGCAACAGGUGAAACGUUAUCCAAGAAGUAAGUUAAUAGAUUUAUAUUUUUCAACUUAACCUAAAAGUAUGAUGCAAAGUUUUCGCCUUUUGAGGAGAUAUUUCACAAUAAAUAAUGGAUUAUUACAAAAAAGUAAAAGUGAGCUCAAAAGAAGACUUAAGGCUGAACAAAAAGCCAAAGAGAAGGUUGAAAAAAGUGAAAAAAUAUCUGACCAGGUUAGUCAUAAAAGUAAAGAAUCCAAAAUAAAUGAAGAAGAGGUGAGCCCUAACGAAUAUUUCAAAUUGAGAUCAACAGCUGUUGAAAAAUUAAAAAGUUUAGGUGGUGAAAAUUCCCCCUACCCUCAUAAGUUUCAUGUUUCAACAUCUUUGGAAGAUUUUAUACUAAAAUAUUCUAAUUUAAAAGAGGGAGAAGUUCUUGAAAAUGAUAAACUGAGUGUUGCCGGAAGGAUUCACGCUAUUAGAGAAUCUGGACCAAAGUUGGUAUUUUAUGAUUUGAGAGGAGAAGGUACUAAAAUUCAGAUUAUGGCAAAUGCGAGAUGUUAUGAAGAUGAAACCAAUUUUGCGAUUGAUACAGGUAAAAUUCGAAGAGGAGACAUCAUAGGUGUAGAGGGAGUUCCUACCAAAACCAAGAAAGGUGAACUCUCAAUAUUACCUUCAAAAAUAAAACUUCUAGCGCCUUGUCUUCACAUGUUACCCCAUCUCCAUUUUGGACUUAAAGACAAAGAGACCAGAUUCAGGCAAAGAUAUUUGGAUCUGAUCCUCAAUAAUAGGGUACGCAAAAUAUUCGAAACCCGUGCUAAAAUUAUCGCUUAUGUUAGGAGGUUCUUAGAUGAAAUGGGAUUUUUGGAAAUUGAAACACCCAUGAUGAAUAUGCAACCUGGGGGAGCCAUUGCUAAACCUUUUAUAACACACCAUAAUGAAUUAAAUAUGGACUUAUUUAUGAGGAUUGCUCCUGAGUUAUACCACAAAAUUCUUAUAGUAGGUGGUUUAGACAGAGUUUAUGAAAUUGGACGGCAAUUUAGAAACGAAGGUAUCGAUUUAACACAUAACCCUGAAUUUACGACAUGUGAAUUUUAUAUGGCUUAUGCAGACUAUAAUGAUCUAAUGACAAUAACUGAAGAACUGGUAUCCGGAAUGGUAUUCAGCAUACAUGGAAGUUACAAAAUCAAGUAUCACCCAGAUGGUCCAGAAGGGGAAGAAGUUGAAAUUGAUUUCACGCCACCCUUUAAGAGACUGUCAAUCAACUCAGUUUUAGAAAAGGAACUUAAUGUAAAAAUUCCAACUGAUCUAUCUACCAGUGAGGCUCAAGAAAUGUUAAACAACCUUUGUAUUAAGCAUAAUGUUGAGUGCACUCCUCCAAGGACAGCUAAUAGGUUGCUGGAUAAACUUAUUGGUGAAUUUUUAGAAGAGAAGGCCAUUAAUCCUACAUUUAUUAUUGAACAUCCUCAGGUGAUGAGUCCUUUGGCUAAGUGGCACAGGUCUAUACCGGGAUUGACAGAAAGGUUUGAAUUGUUUGUAAUGAAAAAAGAAAUUUGCAAUGCUUAUACAGAAUUAAACGAUCCUGCAGUACAGAGAGAACGUUUUGAGCAACAGGCUGCUCUUAAAGCAGAAGGUGACGAUGAAGUCCCGCUACUAGAUGAAGACUUCUGUAAGGCUCUAGAAUACGGAUUGCCUCCAACAGGCGGAUGGGGUAUGGGUAUUGACAGGGUGGCAAUGUUCCUAACCGAUAAUAACAACAUUAAGGAAGUUCUGUUGUUCCCUGCUAUGAAGCCAGAUGACCCAAAUAAGAAUAAAGAAGAAGAACCAACAGAAGCAAUUGGAGAUAUUAAGUCAUAAGGAAAAAAAAUUGAAUUUAAUAUAAUUUUUAUUUAUAUUUUGAUGAAUCAAAAAUAAACAUUUAGAAAGAGAUUGGACUUUCAUUAGUUAAGAAUUAGUUUUGUAAUUAAUAUCUUUUAACAUGUUUUGAUGUGAAAACUGGAGCUUGUUUUUUCAAAAACAAAAAAAAUAACAUUUUUAAAAGGGAUAGUUGCUGCCCUUGCUUAAUUUAUUUUAUAUUUACAAAUUAAUUCAUUUAUAUGUUAACAGAAG